CUGAGGAACCCGAACCGGGAGGAGCCGAACCGCUCCGAAAACACCCGAACCGGGACCGCCCCGCGCGAAUUGACCCGAACCUGCCUGAGGGACCCGAACUUGCAGGAGCCGAACCGCUCCGGAGAGACCCGAACUUGGACUCGAAGGGGGACCCGAACCUGCCCGGGGGGCCCGAAAGAAGACCCGAAGUUGUCCGGAGGGACCCGAACGUAUCCGAAGGGACCCGAAUCCGCCAGAGGGGAGCCGAACCCGCCUGAGGGGAGCCGGACCCGCCUGAGGGAAGCCGAACCGGGAGGGGCAGAACCGCUCCGGAGAGACCCGAAACACCCGAAGCGGCAGCGUCCCGCGCUAAGGAACCCAAACCCACUCAGAGGGGACCCGAAUCGGGACCGUCCCGUCCGGAAGGACCCGAACCGAACCCCCCAAAACUCCUCCGGAACAACCCGAACCCACUCGGCCCCGCCAUGCCCGCUCCGUGCCGCCCCCCGUCCAUCCUGCGCUGCGUCCAGGCCCUCAGCGCCCUCCUGGCCCUGGCUCUGGCCGCUGCCCCCGGCUACUGGAACCCGGGCGAGGGCGACGGCUGCUUGUCCGCCUGGGCUUUAUCCUUCGUCUUCACCACCCUCCUCCUCCUCAACGACGCCUUCCGCCGCCCUCCGCCCCGCCGCGACCUGCCGCUGGCCCUGGCCUGCGCGGCCGCCAUGGCUUGUGCCACCGCCACCAUCUUGUGGCCGCUGGGCCACCUCCGGGGACACGAGGGCAGCUACGGCCGCCCCCGCGCCCUCCGCGCCGCCGCCACGGCCGCCUCGGCCGUCGCCACUCUGGCCUACGCCGCUGAGGUGGCCCGGGACCGGGCGAGACCCGGAGAGGCCGCCCCUUACCUGGCCACUCCCUCGGGGCUGCUCAAGGUGGCCGAAGCCUUCCUCGCCCUCCUCCUCCUCGGGCUGUCGGCCGAGCUGGGCGCGGCGUCGGGGCCGGCGGCUUUGCGUUGGUGUCUGGGCAUUUUCUGCGUGUCCUUCGUGCUGGGGGUGCUGCUGGUCGGGGGGUGCCUGCUGGGCUGGGGGUGGUGCGGGUGGAUGAGGGACCCCGAGGGGAUGCGCUGGGGCUUGGGGGUCUAUGCGGGGCUGGGGGUGGUGGCCUACGGGGCCACCACGGUGCUGUGGUCGCUUUACAGCUUCUCGGAUGACAUGGGGGGUCAAUCACGGAGACCCUACGGCUGCCCGGCCACGUGCGCCUGGGACAGGAGCGUGCUGGUGGCCGUGCUCAGCGGCCUCAAUUUGGUGGCGUUCGGGGUGGAUUUGGGGCAGACGGGGAGGUUGGUGCUGUUGAGGGCCUGAGGGGGCACUCCAGGGUGAGCUGGGGGGGGAGGCAGAACCUUAAAGGGAGUCUGGGGUCUCCCACAGGUUGGGAUCAGGGCCUUUGUGGGGGUCUGGGUUGAUUCCUGGGGUGGCAUCAGGCUCCCAGAAGGGUCUUGGAUCCUCUAUGGGGCAGGAUUGGGAUCCCAAGAGGGGUCUGGGGUCUCCUUCUGGAAUGUAUUUGGAUCCUAGUGGGGGUCUGGGUGGCCCCUGAGGGGGUAUGGGACCCUAACUGGGGUCUGGUGCCCCCUCAUGGGGUGGGAUCAGGCUCCUAAUGGGAAUCCUGGAGUCUCUAUAGGGCAGGACUGAGCCCCUAAUAGGGGUCUGGGGGUCACCCUAGGGUGGGAUCCAGCCCCUAAUGGGGUUUGAGGUCACCCCAGGGUGGGAUCCAGCCCCUAAUGGGAAUCCUGGACCCUCUAUAGGCCAGAACUGAACCCCUAAUGGGGGUCUGGGAUCACCCCAGGGU